GGUGUUUACCAUUUUUUUUUAAAUUUUUUUUUUUUCCCCCGACGAGACCGAUAAAUCGAUGUCAAGCAAAUAACGACAGGUAACAUUGUGCUUGUGUGUGUGUGUGUGUGUAUGUACAGCUCGUUGUAUGUAAGUAUUGUGUUGUAUAUAGGUAUACAUGGGAUACUGUAGUUCGUCUCCGUUCGUCAUACGACCGCGGGUGUUAUGCGAUGAUGACAUUAUUAUUAUUAUUAUUAUUAUUAUUAUGACAACUGGUUCGUAUUCACACUGCACAUAUUUGUGUAUACAUCUCGACGUGUAAUUAAUGCGAAUAUUGUAAUGCGUAUCGCUCGAGUAGGUGUGUGUUAUAUAUAUAUAUGUGUGUGUGUGUAAAUAUAUGCACAAAAACAGCAAUAAUGAUAUAGUUGGGUAAGUAUUAACGGCAAAACGGUCGAUAAUUUUUUUUUUUUUUCAAAGAGACGUUGCAACUAUGAUAAAUUAAUAUAAUGGGCCGUAUACGCAUUCGUAUACAUGUAGUAUAUACGUGUGUAUUAUUACGCGAUUUAAGGACUUAUUCGCGUAUUUGGAGUGUUUAUUAAUAACGUGUAUAACGGUAGUGCGUACCUGAUGCUCGACGAAGGGUGCAGGUGAGAGGUGGAGGAGCGUUUACGUGCACGGAGACUUCAAGGUGGGCAAAUCAAUGUUGAAAGAUAACACCGGUGACAUCCUCUUGGUGCCGAUCGUGGUCACUACUACAGACGUACAGGAUUUCGACUUUUCAAUUCCGAUUUUUAAAACGUGGUACGAACUUUACGCAAAGUAUACCGUCAACCGGGCAACUUCGCUGUCGUACUUGGUGACAUGGAGUCCGGAAGUGUGGGCUGCGUUCUUGUUGACGAUGUUCGUGAUCGUCGUGUGCUUGUGGUUGGUCGUGAAAAUCAGACAUAUAAUGUCGCCAGCGGACAACGUGCCCGUGGUACAGUUACAACAGCCAUCGGUCGCCGAAUCUCCUAGCCUGAUAUCCUAUUUCUUCGUCGUAUGGGGAUCGAUUUGCAGUCAAGGACUUCACACCGUCAACACCAACGCCUGUUCCGUACGCGUCGUAUCUUGGGUCACGUUACUGUUCGGCCUGUGCAUUAGCACGUCGUACUCAGCAGUGCUGUUCUCCCGGUUGACCGUUGACAAGUCCGACCUGGCCAUACCGUCGUUGGACUCGCUGUCCAAGAUGCGGACGCACGUGCUGUGCGUGAGGCGCAACAGCUUUGGGUACCUGCUGUUCAAAGCGAACGAGACGGAUGCGUUUAUAAUGGAACGGUGGCUGGGAGUGGUGAACGAGCCACCGUGCCCCCAGUUGGAGUACGGUGACAUCGAGGUGAUGGCCAAGUCGGUGUGCACCGAUCAAACCAUAUUGGUGUUGGAGACGCCAAUGGUGAUGGCCAGGGCCACGAGCCACCAGAAUGGCUGCCGAGUGAUGUCGGUGGCCGGUCGUCACGCGGUCGCCUACGCAUCGGUGCUGACUUCCAAGGGGUCGCCGUACACCCCCCUAAUUAACGAGAUGCAAGUAUAAUUAUACGAUGUCGUAGUAUACACGCUGGCGACGAAUACCCAUGUCCUAAGGGCCGUUCUUGAGAUUUUCCAAAUCACAGCUUAUAUGAGCUAUGAUGAGCAUGAUGGGAUGAAAAAAGUUUUGUGGUUUUGUGAAAGUAUUACGUACCCUUUGGUUUUGUACUUUUGUCCCAUCAUAUGACGGCCAGUCAUCAUAAUAUUUUGACCACAGCAGUUAUUUAUUUACUAAUUAUAUACUUUAUUUCUAAGAAUUUCCUUCAAUAUUUCUUUAUGAAAUAUAAAAUUUUUAAUGUUAUGGAAUAAAUAUAAUACGAUUUCUGAAACCGAUUUUCCAAUAUUCUUUGAACUUUAGGCUCCAAAUCUGAGUAAAAAUCGCGAGGCCUCCCCCUCCCUAUAAGGAUGACUCUGACUAUAUUAUACCUUAUUGGUUUAAGCCAUGGUUAUGAUUUUUGCCGUUCUUAUUGUCUUGUCUUUGCAGCACUUCCGUAGAAACAGAUGGACAUUUGCUGCCCGCCUGCCCCGUAUAUACCUGUAGCCAUCAACUGCAGUUACCAAUACUUUAUAUGUCAAAGUAAUAGUUUAUCGACUGUUCCCCAGGGGAAAAUAUAAUUGGUGUAGUUUAGUGAGUUUGCAUAAUAUAGAUAGGUACUUAACCUAAUACCAGUAAUACCUAUAAUAAUACAUUGGUUAGUGAUGGUAACAUGCAUAUUGUAUUUCUAAAUACUCGUAGGUACAAUGGAAUUUGAUAACAAAAGAAAAUCAAAACAAAACUAAGCUUUAGUUGACUUGUAGAAUAGUAUAGUGGACGCAUCAGUCAAAGUUAGUAAUUCACACAAUAAUAUUGUAGUGUACCUAACCCUCCUCAAUCAUCUAUAACUCGUAUAAGGGCGCGGCGCGAAUAGAAUUAAUUAUUGAUGCUCACCUGUCAUCUACCACUCCACCACGACUUGGGUUGUCAAAAAAUCCAUUUCCACAAAAUACAUAUUUUAUAUGAAUCAUAUAAUAUAUUGCAAUACAAUAAUAAUUCACCCUAAGCCCCUAAUUAUAAUGUAUCUAUAUAUAUCUAUAUAGAUAUAGAUGGCGUUGGUUGAAUAGAGUUUAUCAUCAAUAUCAUAUUGACGGACAAUCGCAACUACCUGUUAUAAUAAUUAACAACACUUUCAACACUAUUCGAUGACUUGAUACCGGUGGAAAUAUUAGAAUGAUUUUCGUCUGGGAUCAUGACACAAUUCUUGACGUACACACACUACAACGAAACACUAUAAUAUAAGUGUGUUACAACAAGUCCUUAUUCAUUUACCUAGAAACCUAGUUAUUAAUUAAAAUUAUUUAAACCGCAAAAGGACCCUUGUCCAGUUGUCCGUUGGAAGUCAGAACAGUACAUUAUUGUAUGAUACCCGUAUGGACAUUUGUUAUAAACUACAGUCGACUUCUGAAAUACGAACAAAUAAAUGAUAAUAAUUACAAUAACAGGUAAUCAUAAUUCAACAAUUUAAUGAUUGCGAUGGAAGCGUAUAAUUACGUUUUAACCCAAUAACGGUUUCAUUUAUCGUAACAAUUUUAAUUUCGUCAACUGACCAAGAAUAUGAACUUUUCUCGUCCAUUACAUUACACGCUGCCAGUUUUAAAUAACAAUGCGAUAUCGGACGAUGAUUAUCGCGAGCAUUAAAAUAUAAAAUUAUAGGUCAACACCAUUAUAGGAAAUCAAAACAUGGUUUUAACAAACGUUACGUGAAAUAUUUAAGAGCUCAUGUUGGGGCGUGUGAUAAAUUAAUCCCACGGUUAUGUUGCACACUGUAAAAACGAAACAGAAGAAGAAGAAAACAAACAAAAAUAUGAAUAUUUCACAAGGUACGCCGUAUUAUAUAUGGACGACCCAACUCGGUUUGUUCGGAAAAUAAAAACUACCCUGUGCGAGCGUUAUAUAGAAAACAAUAUAUCAUAUAUUAUUUUA